GUAUAAUGUUCUGUAUCCGGGAGAUUGAUCGCGAUUACACGAAAUUCCCCCGAGCAGAAGAAUGAAGUCUAUCUUUCUCACAGUUCUGACCGUCCCCUUGCUUUGUCAUUUGACACAGGGAUGCUGCACCCCCGAGCAAUGGAGAGGGUACAUGACGUUCCUGGUUGGCACUAACAAAAACGGGAAAGAGACAUAUGAGGCGGGAAUAGUCAACCUUUUCUAUGAUGCCAAGAAAAAGAAAAUAGCUGCUUUUUCAAAGGUCUACAACGUAGACGGCAAAAUCUUCAUAGGAGUAAUGAUCCAAAACUUUGAAGAAGGCGUUCAAUACGUUGUCCUGAAUGGUGCCUGCAAUACAACAAAAUUGGCAGGAAAAGAAUUUAAGCCUGCAUGUAUACCUCCUGAGGGCAAAAAGGUGAGUGACACCCACGUUGGGACAUCUACCGAUUCUCUGGGUGUGAGUACCUACGAGAUCCCGCUAAAGGAGGGCAAAGGGAUGUCUAACAUCACUGUUUCUAAUAAACUGUGCAUUCCCAUUGAUGACAAUGUUCAAGGGGGUACAGAAAAAGAAAGUUUCAUGGCCAGCAUUGGGUACACAGGAAUUGAACCCGGGAUAGAAGAUCCCAGAAUUUUCGACAAACCAAGGGAAUGCAGAGAUAAAAUUGAAGAAGGGGAGAUCGAUCUCUUUGAAAAGUUUGGAAUGCUUAACCACAAAAUGUCCAGUCUGUUUAGAUAAAUAUUGCAGUGUAGCUAACAGAAAAUCCUACGAAACAACUUCUCCCAUUUUGUACAUGUAUUGUUUUAUGGACUUUGAUAUUAAAUACUGUUCGUUA